AUGUCGGUUUGGAUAAUUCCUCACUUGAGACCUGCUGAGUACAAGAGAUAUAGAUUAUCAAGAAAUCGGAGGACUGUGAACCGUGCUUAUGGUGGAGUGUUGUCUGGAGGUGCUGUAAGGGAAAGGAUCAUUAGAGCUUUCUUGGUGGAAGAACAAAAAAUUGUGAAGAAGGUUUUGAAGAUUCAGAAGGCCAAGGAAAAGCUAUCUGCUAAGAGCUGAAGAGUGAGUCAUGUGCCAAUAUAGUUUUGGAUACUAUUAGUCAAGAUUAUUGGAAUUGUAUUCUGAGGCUUCCAUGCUUAAAUUAUGUUUGCUUCUUAGAUUUUAUCAAAUGACUGUGUUCUUCAGUUUGUCGAAAAUUCUCAUAUUUGGUUUUGGUUUCCCUGCCUUUCCAUAACAUCUUAAACUUCGUUUGGAUUUACUCGUGUAAUCCUUGAUUUUUCCCUGACUGAUUCUGAGUUAUUAUUAAUUAGCUACU